GUUGGAGAAGGAAGAGACCAGAUAAAAAGACCCAAAUCAUUGUGGUACAAGGUCUUCUCUAAGCCUCCAUUCAUGGCUUCUGCUGGCCUGCAGCUCCUGGGCAUCAUCCUUUCCUUACUGGGCUGGAUAUCGGGCAUAGUGUCCUGUGCCAUGCCCAUGUGGAAAGUCACAGCCUUCAUUGGCAAUAACAUCGUAGUGGCCCAGGUGGUAUGGGAAGGCCUCUGGAUGAAUUGUGUGGUCCAGAGCACUGGCCAGAUGCAGUGCAAGGUGCAUGAUUCCAUGUUGGCCCUGUCUCAUGACGUCCAAGCAUCUAGAGCCCUCAUGGUUGUAGCUCUGCUUCUGGCCCUGGUGGGCCUGCUGAUCUACCUUGCUGGGGCUAAGUGUACCACAUGUGUCGAAGACGAGGAACCAAAAGCUCGGCUUGUACUGACUUCAGGGGUCAUUUUCCUCAUCACUGCAGUCCUGGUCCUGAUCCCUGUGUGCUGGACUGCCCAUGUGAUCAUCAGGAAUUUCUACAACCCCCUGGUGGCUGACGCUCAGAAACGGGAGUUGGGGCACAGCCUGUAUGUGGGCUGGGCAGCUGCAAGCCUUUUUAUACUAGGUGGGUCGCUACUGUGCUGCACUUGCCCCUCAGGCAACUCAAGAGGCACAAGCCAUUAUGUGGCCCGGUACUCUGCUUCUGCUCCUCCAGCGGGCUCCAGAGGUCCUUCUGAAUACCCAACCAAGAAUUAUGUGUGAAUCGGGAAAGGGGCGAAAAGCACCAAAUGACUCCCUAAGAUAAGGGAAGUCCUCCUUCCCCAUUUUCCCUGUCAAGAUGAAGUUACAGGUGAUCCCUGUCGGUCUUGAGAGUUUUGUUUUCUUUCUUUUUUUUAAACCCCUUGGAUGACCAAGCCAAGAACAUGACUCCACAUCCCUUCCUGGUCUUUACUGCUGCUACUGAUGCAAAGUCUUCCAAACAUCCUUGGAUAAGGAGCUACAGAGAUGCUGCCUAAGAGCUCCAGCAUCUUUUCCUGGAUACCAUAAAGAUCUAUGCUAUUUCUCUGGAAAUGCUAGAACCCUCUUUGGUUGUGGGACUGAACUCUAAACCUAUCAAGUGCAAAGUUCUCCAGUGUGCUCUGUCCUUGCCAUUCCCAACUCCCAGGAAAACAGGACCACCAAGAUUCCACUAGCCUUUCUUGGUCUCCAUGGGAACUGUGAUAACAAUUAUGAUUCUCCUGGACUCCCAGAAGGCAGGAAGUGAUCUCCGUGCUGGCUCUGGUAUCCAGCUUUCAACAUAUUCCUCCUAAUCCAGAAUCUAGCAAAUAUUUCCCCCACCUUCUCAUCAUGCUGCUGCCUUCCCCCCCAGUCUUUUUGUGGAGUUUCCAUGGUUUGAGAUUUUUGAGAAUAAAAUGUU